CAAGGAGGUAAUUAUAUGAUGGUGCGUGUGUGAGAAAAAAAGUCAGCAUGCAUGCGCAGAAUGCAAGUAUUGUUUCUUCUGCACCUUGCAAGCUGUUGCGGCUCAAAGCUUGAGUGUCGGAGUCUGUAAGUAGCGAAGGCUGCAGCUCCAUGAGGCUCUUUGUGGUGCUGUUUGCAGUGCUGGCGGAGGCGGACGUCAAUCCAGAGGUUUGUGUCGACUGCGAUUCUGAGGACAUGGUGCUUUUGGCCCAUGCACACGUGGAGAAACAUCGCGACAGCUGCCCAGAGGUGGACGCGCUGCUGAAGGACUACGGCGAGAAGAUUGGCCCAACUGGAAAUCUCUUCGGUCUGGGCGAAGCCUGGCAAGAGGCGAAUGUUUGGAAAGGCUCCUAAAGUGAUGUGAGAUGCCGCAUGUGCACUACAGAGAACUUGUGUGCUAUGUGGCUCAAAUUGUUUUUCUUAGAAUGUGCCCGAUGGGUCGUGGCCUUCUUUGUUCUUCUUCCGGGGGGGUCGUUGAUCGGGAGGUCUCCCAAUUUUGGGUACACACGCCCAUGUACCAAAAAAGAAUCGAUCAACGCUUUUGAAGGUGCCAGCUUUCUACACCUGGAAGAGCUACUUAAGCGCUGUUUGCCAGUACAACAAGAUGGCGGUGGCCGACCAUGUACCGACCUUUCUGGGCGAAAGCGAAACGAAGGUGAAAGCCAUGACGGUGGUCGCCAUGAUGGCGAAUCUGAAGGUGGAAACCCUGCACUGGACCGCUUGCAAGGAACGAGUCCGCAUGGAAGAUGGCAGUUGCCCAUGCGACAAGGAUCCUGAUUGCAAAGGUGGCUGCUCCGGAGGCAAGAUCAACGACUACACAUCAGAGAAGGCCAAGAUUGCAGGCUUCACCAUCACCACCUGCAAUGGUGCAGACGCUCCAGCCGAUGGCUGUACCGAUUUCUGGGGGAACAAAGUGGAUCCCAAGAACUGUUGGUUCGGGCGAGGCGCCACGCAGCUCACCUGGCCCGGCAAUUACCAAGGCUUAGAGGCCAUCGUCCAGAAGGCCUCUUCAGUGGAUCUGUGUGCCAACCCGGAUAGCAUUUGCGACAAGGACCAAAUGGCGUGGCUGACGGCGAUCGCCUAUUGGCAACAAAACUCCAAGCCAUGGGACGAAGCGCAUACCUUCGAGUCCUCCCUGGAGGUGAUUCGGCCGGCGGACAAGUCGGCCAAUCCACAGCGCGAAAAGUACUACUGCGAAUGGUUGAAAGCUUUAGACAUUUCACCAGUGAAGCCAACGCCACGGCCGCCUAUGCCGGAUCACGGCAAGACAACGGUCAAGUCCGGUGAGGGAUGUUGGCAAAUUGCUGAUCGUUGUUGCGACGGCCAGGGCAAGGACUGGGCGAAGAUGAUUUGUCAUCCACCAGCAUGCAAUCCUGCACCAAUUGCUGGACAGACCAUCGAAUACAAUUGUAAAGGUUGUCCAUGAGGAAAGAUUGAUAUCCCGAGGAUCAUAUUUGGCGAUCUCGGAGAAAACCAUCUCACAAGAAGAUCUGGAGGUUUCAAUGCAAACCUUGCAAAAAAAUCAAAAAAAUAAAUUAAGAUAUUCAAAAUAUAAAAAGAGAACAAGAAGCUAAUUACUAGGAACAAGUGCAUCGCUUCUAGUAACAAAUGCCUUACUAGUAGUAACAAGGACGCUACUAGUAACAAGAAGCUCCAUUACAUCAAGCGGUGGCGGUAACCCUUCGGCCCAUUGCGCACAUC